AUUAAAGAACAUGUCAAACGGAGGUAAGAGACCGCCAGAGGAUGAUUCCAAACUACCAUAUUACAAAUUGGUAGUGAUCGGAGAUGGAGGUGUCGGGAAAUCUUCACUUACUAUUCAGUUCUUUCAGAAGCAAUUUGUCGAUUAUUAUGAUCCGACGAUAGAAGAUCAGUACAUUCAACAUUGCGAAAUCGAUGGAAAUUGGGUUAUUAUGGAUGUUCUCGACACAGCUGGGCAGGAAGAGUUCUCUGCAAUGCGUGAGCAAUACAUUCGUGGUGGGAGAGGAUUUCUUCUUGUAUUCUCAGUGACCGAAAGAAAAUCAUUCGAAGAAGCGCAUAAAUUGUAUAAUCAAGUUCUUCGAGUCAAAGAUCGUAGUGAAUAUCCGGUUCUUUUGGUAGCAAAUAAGGUUGAUUUAAUCAAUCAGAGAGUAGUUUCGGAGCAAGAGGGACGUGAAUUAGCUGCUCAAUUGAAACUUAUGUACAUUGAAACAUCGGCAAAAGAACCGCCUGUCAAUGUGGAUGCGGCAUUCCAUGAACUUGUUCGAAUUGUUCGCAGUUUUCCAAGUGAUGAAGGAGAUCAUGAGGCAUCCAUGGCAUCUGUCCCACGAACCAAAAAACGAAAGGAUAAGGGAAAAUGUUUAAUUUCCUAGUCUGCCAAGCACUAUCCACCUGCAUUCCAUUGUUUUUGUCAUUGUGAUUUGAUUCUGAUUUGCCUUCUGAAUUUUGAAUUUUGCCGUUUGAUGUGAGAAGUUGGACCCUCAAUAAAUUCAUUUAUUU